GUAGCCCAUCGCCCCAAGCGAUGCUUAUUAUACUGUAUGACUGGGACGCAGCGUUUCCUUAAGAGCAUACACUCUUUUAUGGGGGACUAUUUGCAUAGAGAUAAUGAUAACCGUAAUACACGCUUUUAAACGUAAGCUGCACACGUAGAAAGAUUACAGGCAAUUAGAACAUGCGUGUAUAAUGAUAUAUUUGCAUAUGGGUGAUUCAUCAAUUAAGGGAAGUGUUCUGUCCUCUAGCAAUGAUUAUAAAAAUGCAAUUUCGCUUUGAAAGAUAGAUCGUUAUAUAGCGUUAAACAUUUAACUGUGCCUAUACUCAUUCUCUAGAAUGUCUAAAGACGUAAUAAAUGUUACAUUUCUUAAAAUUGAACUUAUCCCACACCAAGGCAUUGACACUUUUAUACGUAUUUAUGAAUACAAUUUCGAUUUAAAUAAUACAAAUGAGUACAAUACAAAAGCAUUUAUAACAAGUAGCCUAAUCACUGUUCCCAGAAACAUUACUACUACUACUUACAUACUGCAAAAGUUAAUUGUUAGCUAACUUGUUAGCAACUUCUGUUCUAGAAACUGGAGGGAAAAAAGAAAAAGAAAAAACAUUGAAGAUCCACCCAUAUCAAUGUGUAAAUUAGGCCUACAUAUAACAAAUAUAUCACAAAAAUCGCUAAACCAAUUUAAGUUGUGCAAAAAGACGUUAAAAAACUGACACAGUGGGCAACAAAUAUGCAACCUAAGACACUUCUUGACUAUUAUUCUUGGCUAUAUGUAAAAUAGUAGGCCUGUUUAGUAAACAGAGCGUUCAGUGUUGCUAUUUAAACAUUGAAAGUUAUAUUGGGUGACUUUUGUUACUUUGACAGUUUGCCUCAUGAAUGGUGUGGAAUUGGGACUGGAGCUCCUCGCCCACUCAGAUUGGAUUUGUCCUCAAUGAGGAAAGCGGUGGGGGGGUUGUGCUCCACGUGGGUGAGAAGCACAUCCCUCCAUUGGCUACAAAGAGGACGGCAUUACAUGCGCCUCCUCUGAUUGGGCAGGGCUUUUGUGGGCGUAACCACAGCGGCACAGUGAAAGCGAGAUACGGUGAAACAACUGGCAUUAUUAUGCGUGUUUCACAGGAGUUGCUCUUCGCGAUGAGGGCUGCGCUUUAAAAAGAAAAAAGGGGAAAAAAGGUCGCGUUGGUUUUGCAGUACACUGUCAACGACAAAGGACUACAGUUAUGCAUUUUAACUGAAUAUGCAUUUUAAUGCACUAUCGGAAAGAGAGAAUUAAAUACUGCCGUGUAAGAAGCAGGAGCGAUCACCAAACGGGAAUAAUCAUUGGGAAUAUUUUCCAAGAGCUUUCACAGAUAGCUUUCCACUGAGAGAUCUAGCCCUAUCCGUCCGCUUCCAUCGACACUGUCUCCUCUAUCGUAGGCUAUCGAAUGGACCAGCAUCCGAGCGCCCGGAGCUGCAGCAGUCGCGGAGCUGCGCCGUCCUGCGAGAGCGUCUCCGGCGAGCCCCCCAUGAAUUUGUACAUCCACUCCACCACCGGCACACGCUUCGAGCUCUCCCUUCCCGCAGAAGAGACCGUGGAAGGGCUAAAACGAAGACUCUCUCAAAGACUGAAAGUACCCAAAGAAAGACUCGCGCUGCUACACAAAGAAACACGCCUGAGUUCAGGAAAACUUCAAGAUUUGGGAAUAACGGAUGGGAGCAAGUUAACGCUGGUUCCAACAGUUGAAGCAGGCCUAAUGUCUCAAGCAUCAAGACCUGAGCAGUCCGUAAUGCAGGCGCUGGAGAGCUUGACGGAAACGCAGGUCAGUGACUUCCUGUCUGGACGGUCUCCUUUAACCCUGGCUCUGCGAGUAGGCGAUCAUAUGAUGUUUGUCCAACUGCAGUUGGCAGCUCAGCAAUCGGGUGGCCCACAGUUACAGCAUCGACAUCUCAUAUCACGUGGGAGUUCAGAGGGCACGGCAGGACAGUCUCAUGCAGCCUCAGGCUCUGCCUCUGGGAUGGCAAGGGUUUCACACAACCCUCACCCACAUCACCCACACCCACAUCCUCAUCGUCCAAACACAACACUCCCAUCUAACCCAGCAGCCUUCCCACCGUCCCCCUCUAUCCCAUCUGUUCCUCCCAUGUACACCACCCCAGCCUCAGGGCACUGUAGCCCUCCACCACACCCCUCUCAACUCCCAGGAAGUUUUCUUCACUCCCAGCAGCCAUCUUCAGCCUGUCCCACCUCUCCAAGCAGCCCUAGCCCUGCAGCUUCCUGUCCAGAGACCAACUGCCCAGCAAAGACGUCUGGCAAUUGUAACACUCCCUCACGAUCCCGUAAACCAGGCGCUAUCAUCGAAAGUUUUGUGAACCAUGCUCCUGGAGUUUUUUCUGGGACAUUUUCAGGCACUUUGCAUCCCAACUGUCAGGACAGCACCGGACGUCCUAGGCGAGACAUAUGCACCAUCCUUCAAAUCUUGAAUGACCUUUUAAGUGCCACUCGGCAUUACCAGGGCAUGCCACCGUCGCUCACGCAGCUCCGUUACCAGACCCAGUGCAACAGCCCCAGCUCACCAACACCGUCGCCACCGCCUUCACCUCCCCACACCCCCGGACUAAGCGGCCUGCCUGCCACAGUGCCCUCUGAGACCCAGCCCACCCUCCACCCACUGGUGCAGUGUCAGAGCCAGAUCCGCAUGUGCAAGCCUCCUGGUGACCGAUUGCGUCAGACAGAGAACAGAGCCACACGCUGCAAAGUGGAGCGACUGCAGUUGCUCAUGCAGCAGAAGCGUCUGCGCAGGAAGGCCCGGCGAGACUCCCGCGCCCCGUACCACUGGCUCCCCAACCGCAAGGCUGGACGCAGCAACAGUAACAGCAGUAUGUCUAGCGAAGGCUCCCUGGACCUGGACUUUGAAGACUCUGUGUGGAAGCCCGACGUCAAAGCUGAUAUGAAAUCAGAAUUCAUCAUGGCCUGAAGCAACAACGGUUGUGCCAUUUUGAUCAAGGAAGACUGGGGUUUACACUUUAGAGAGGAGACUUUCUGAAGACUGUGUCCAAAGACGCACAUUCAGAAUCUCGUAGGCUUCACUCCUCAUCUAUCCUGUGACCACAAAGACUUUACACAAAGGAAGAUUCACAGACUUACCUUACAUCCUUGAUAGACUAUGAUCUUGGAAUAGACUAAAUUUUCAAAUGACGAUGUUUGGAUAUGGAUUGGACUGAUGAAUAGACAGAAUUUGGACUCAGAAUGUCCAAGAAGUAAAUACAAAUGAGCAUAGCAGACGUCAUUGGUGUUGGGAUUUGUUUUUCUCUUUACUUUUUUUUUUUUCCCAGGGGGAAGAUCCAUACAGGCCAAAUACAGGCACGAUGAACUAACAAAAAUCAGAAACUGAUCCUACUUCCUCCUUUUUUCAUUACAAAUGGGCAUUCACAGUUCAAGAAUCAUUUGAAGGGGGUUAUCUUUGUUUUUAAGUCCUGUUUUUCUUGAAUCUUGAUGAUUUAUGAAACAAAAUAUGUAGCAUUACCCACAAAGCAUUCAGGUUUUUUAUCUUGUAGACGAGGAAGGUUCAUUUGCACACACAUACCCGUGAUUUGAAAUAGACAAACAAUAUCAUAACAUAACCAAGAGAUGGCACAGUGCAUGUUUAGUAUAAAUAUAUUUCAAAAAAAUAAUAAUAAUACAAAAAUUGCUUUCUCAACAACAGCUCACAGUAGAGUCAGAGGUUCAAGUAGGAAACUAAAACAUGAAACGAAACGAAAAUAUGCUGAUGUGAUUGAAGAUGCAAGGCUUGUGAAGUAAGUUGUUUUUAGAAUAUAUAAAGAGUGACUUUUCUUUUUUUUUUUUUUUUUUACGUCCGUGUAAACAUACAAACCAACCAAACGUAAAACAGCAAUUGCUCAGCAAGGCUCGAGUCAAGCUGUGAGAUGAAUCUGAUGUUAUAUAAUCAUUUAAAUACACACUGUAUCUCUCCUGUUACUGUCUAAAUGUGUAUAAUAGAGAGAAUGGUGGGGUGCCAGAGGAAUAGUUUACAAUUGUGCAUUAUAAUGGCUCGCUCUGCCAAAGUGGAAUCUCUCAUUUAUGCAUUCGACUAAAACAAACCGCCGUUCAAGGGUUUUAUCCCAGCAACAGCUUACAGUUGUGAUACAAUUUUAACAAGACUACCAAUAUUUAUUUGGCCAGACUUCUUUGCAGAUUCCCAUGUAAACAUCCAGACCGGAGCGUAUCCUCCACUCUCGAUAGUGCCUCAUAUGUAGACGCACUGACAUAUUCUAUCAGGCGUUCCACAGACAGACAGUUCUGCUGCUAUAUGGGACUUCUCUUUGCAUGCAAAAGUAUGAAAUAUCCUGAUCCUUUUUAUAGAAGAAAAUAAUAAUAAUAACAAUACUGAGAUACUGGUGCUGAAAAGAAAAUAUAUACAAGCAUGAAUUUGUGAAAAUGGAAGAAAAAAAAAUCGCUUCAGCUACUUGGGAUUUUCGAAUUCGGAACGUGAUGUUACAUAUCAGUCGCAAACCAAAACAGGACUGGAAUUCUACUGUACAUGGAUCAUUCCUGGACUAACUAAGGAACAAUGGAACAUGUUCUACUCCCAACAUCCAAGGGAUCCUCAGAGCAAACCCCAACACUCCCAUCGGACUAACAGGGAUGUUAGCAACCAACGUUCGCCCCUAAUGACUUCUUGGAAAUAAACGUGAAAAUGUCCUGAACCACAUUAAUGUUGCACUCACUGAGUUUGCAAAGAGAUUACCUACCUGAAGGGGAACAUUGUCUUUUCCUUUUUUUCUGUUCAAGUGGCCUUAACGUUCAUUAUCGAAACACUUGCAGAGUGGUGAACAACAUAGGGAUGUUUUUGUUGUUUUUUGCCCUGUGCUUUUGUUAAAGCAUCAAUUUUUGGGGGGCAAUUUUUGUGUUUAGGAGGUGGAGGCUCUAUUAUGUCAAGGCUUCAGUGCCUUAAAGUUUUGCCCCUUCGGUGUGUAUGGAAAAAAAAAUCUGAACAAAUUAUUCGCAUUUAUGCAGGUUUUUAUCAAUUUAUAGGAGCUCUGGUAGAAUAUUGUCUGUUUUAUGGUUUGAUUGUUACAAGUCACGACCUGGAGUUCAAACAGGUUCCAUCAGUGUGUUCCAUUGCUUGUUUGAUUACGUACCUUGAACCCUGUUGUCCUACAAAGAAGUAACAAAUUUACAUAUAUAAUUGAAAAAAAAGGAAGUUUCAACUGCAGUGCUAUAGCAACAAAGUGCCCUAACUCUCAAUUGAGAUGUCCUUUAAGGACACACUGACAACAUGCACUUCCCUUCUUCUCAGAUAAACGACUUCAAUGGAUGAUUUCUCCCUCUCCCCCGAGAAAAUCGUUAUUUAAUUUUUAUAUAUGUAUGAAAUAUACUCUGUGUGUGCCUCACCUAUAUGUAAAAUGGUAAAAAAAAAAAAGUGAAAACUGAAAAAACGCAUAGGAGAUGAUCUGAGUUUUAGGAUAGGGUAAUUGAAUGAGGGUGGAGGGAGGGAAUGGGGGGCAUUUUCAAUAGUUUGUUGGAGUUCCGAUCACAUCAUUUAAGUUGCCUGUUCUUUCUUGUAGCCAAUGAAAACUGAUUACAAGAGUCGAGAAAAAAAAACAAUUUACUAUGUUCUAGCUAUAGACCGGUGUAGCACA